AUGGGUGUCCGGGGCCCCAGAAAACAUUUAAAGCGUCUCAAUGCUCCUAAGCAUUGGAUGCUAGAUAAGCUGGGUGGCUGCUAUGCUCCCCGACCAAGCACUGGCCCGCAUAAAUUGCGGGAAUGCUUGCCACUUUGCAUAUUCCUGCGAAAUAGGCUUAAAUACGCAUUAACUUAUAAUGAGUGCACUAAAAUACUCGCCCAGCGACUUAUUAAGGUUGAUGGCAAAGUGCGUACGGAUAGAACCUAUCCUUCUGGCUUAAUGGAUGUUAUCACCAUUGAAAAGACUGGCGAGAACUUUAGGCUUAUUUAUGAUGUUAAAGGUCGUUUUGCCAUUCACAGGAUACAUCCUGACGAAGCAAAAUAUAAACUCUGUAAGGUACGAAAGGUUAUCACGGGCAGCGGCGGUGUACCUUUUUUGGUAACUCAUGAUGCCAGAACUAUACGCUACCCUGAUCCUGAAAUCAAGGCUAAUGAUACGAUCCAAGUUGAUUUGGCUACAGGCAAGGUGUUGGGCCAUAUCAAAUUUGAACCAGGUAAUAUUUGCAUGGUGACUGGAGGACAUAAUUUGGGACGUGUUGGCAUCAUUACACAGUGGGAACGUCAUCCCGGCUCAGUGGAGAUGGUUCAUGUUCGCGAUAAGGCUGGCCAUCAGUUCGUCACUCGGUUGAACAAUAUCUUCACAAUUGGACGAGCCAAUAAACCCUGGGUUUCUCUCCCUAGGGGCGCUGGAGUCAGGCUCUCCAUCCUUGAGGAAAGGGACCGCCGCAUCCGUGCUAAACGUAUCGCGCGUUAA